UCGACAAUGAUCAAUCACCCAAAUUUUGUGUGCGUGUAUUAAUAUAAAUUAAAUUUUCUUUUCUAACCUAAACAGUAACUUCUAAGAUUGCUUGGACCUGGAUAAUCAGUGUUACUUUCGUUUAAUUACUGCUUAAUAUAUUUAUUAUAAGAUUAUUAUAUAGGUUAUAUUAUAUUAUAAGUGUUAUAUUAUAAGCGUUAUAUUAUAAGUAUUAUACAAGUUUCGAUUUUUUUUUUUUUCUUUCAAAAGAACUCUAUGAAUUAAUCAAUGAUACUGGUAUAUUUUACUCAUCAGCUGUUCGUAAAGCAUCGUCGUCAGUGUAGGUGAUUGUCGUUAGUGUAGGUGAAUGUAGUUCUAGUAUAAAAAAUAUUUUGUAUAAGAAAUAUGAAGGUUAUACAAUCCUACUUGCCAUUAAUAAAAUUUUGUAAAAAAGAUAUUAUCAGAGGACGCUUGCUAACUCGACAAAAUAGUGGAAGUGGACAUCAAGUAAUAGGUUUUACAGCGAUAGAAGAUUUUCGUCUACGAUACCAUCGUGAUUUAUCGGCGAAAAAGAAAUUGAGUACAUCGAUGCAAAAUAAAAUCAAAAUGGAUGAACUAACCUGGAACGAAAAAUAUAAUCUCAUUACGAGAAAUUUAGGUGAAUGGCUUGGCGAUGAAAAAUUAAAAAGUAUUUUGAAACAGCGCGAUGUAAAAAUAUAUUGGGGUACUGCUACGACUGGUAAACCUCAUAUCGGAUAUUUUACCCCAAUGUUAAAGAUAGCUGAUUUUUUAAAUGCCGGAGCUGAAGUUACAAUUUUAUUUGCCGACUUACAUGCAUAUUUGGACAAUAUGAAAGCACCUUGGGAACUUUUAGCAUUAAGAACUGAAUAUUAUGAAGUUAUUAUCAAAGCCAUGCUUAAAUCUAUUGACGUACCUUUGGAUAAACUUAAAUUUAUUAAGGGAACGGAUUAUCAAUUAUCAAAGGAAUAUACAUUGGAUAUGUACCGAUUAAGUUCUAUCAUAACCGAACACGAUGCUAAAAAGGCAGGUGCAGAAGUUGUUAAACAAAUUGCAAAUCCAUUACUUUCUGGUUUACUGUAUCCAGGAUUACAAGCACUCGACGAGGAGUAUCUUCAUGUCGAUGCACAAUUCGGUGGAAUAGAUCAAAGAAAGAUUUUUACUUUCUCUGAAAAAUAUUUGCCAAUGCUUGGAUACGAAAAACGUAUUCAUUUAAUGAAUCCUAUGAUACCUGGAUUAGCUGGUGCUAAAAUGUCUUCAUCCGAGGAAGACUCAAAAAUUGAUCUCCUAGAUGGAGUUUCUACGGUUAAAAAAAAAUUGAAAAAAGCAUUUUGCGAACCUGGUAAUAUCAAUGAUAAUGGAAUACUUUCAUUCUCUAAGCAUGUAAUAUUUUCUUUAUUAAAAAAAGGAGAAUCUUAUAAUGUACCAAGAAGCGAAGAGUUUGGUGGAGAUAUAUCUUUCUCUACGUAUGAGGAAUUAGAAACUGCAUUUGCAAAGGAAGAAAUACAUCCUGGGGAUCUUAAAAGUGCAGCCGAAGUAUAUAUAAAUAAACUUUUAGAUCCAAUUAGAAAAGAAUUUGAUGGAAAUUCUAAAUUAAAAUCUCUUGCCAGUAAAGCAUAUCCUCCACCACAAAAACAAAAAGUGGUCGAUGAAAUAGUACCAUCGAGAUUGGAUAUUAGAGUUGGAAAGAUCGUUGAUGUGAAAAAACAUCCCGAUGCGGAUUCAUUAUACGUGGAGAAAAUAGAUUUAGGUGAAAAUAAUGGUCCUAGAACUAUAGUUAGUGGGCUUGUAAAUUAUGUUCCUAUAGAGGAAAUGCAAGACAGAUUGGUACUCGUACUUGCAAAUCUUAAAGCGGCUAAUCUUAGGGGUAUACAAUCGCAUGGAAUGGUUCUUUGCGCAUCCGUAGACGAACCAACAAGGCAAGUUGAACCUUUGAGACCACCAGAAAAUAGUAAUCCUGGUGAUAGAAUUUUCGUAGAGGGCUAUGAAAGUGGAACGCCGGAUGAAGUUUUAAAUCCAAAGAAAAAAGUUUGGGAAAAGUUGCAGGUUGAUCUUAUAGUAAAUGAGAGUGGAGAAGCAUCUUGGAAUGGAAAUUUGUUGCUUACGUCGGAUGGUGGAAAAACGAUUGCUGACUCUCUUAGGAAUGUACCGAUUAAAUAAUGCAUUUUACAUUUGUUCCACUUAUGCAUUUUAUUGAUUUAGAAAUGGAAUUAUGGAUACCAUA